UUGUCCAAUCACAUGACAGUAUAAUUUUGUAUUUGCCGUUGAUUAAAACCUUUGUAACAGAAAACGAAGCAAAAGGUCAUCCUAACUUUUGUACGGUACGACACUUGCGGUCAAACCGGAAUUGGCGAUAUUAUUUCAGUAGUUUAAAUCAUAAACAGCAUCAUGGGUCGCAAAUUCGUUGUCGGCGGAAACUGGAAGAUGAAUGGCGACAAGAACCAGAUCAACGAGAUCGUCAACAACCUGAAGAAAGGUCCUCUGGACCCCAAUGUUGAGGUUGUUAUUGGUGUGCCUGCCAUCUACCUUGCUUAUGUGAAAAGCAUCAUUCCUGACACCAUCAGCGCAGCUGCCCAAAACUGCUGGAAGACUGCUAAAGGAGCAUUUACUGGUGAAAUAUCGCCAGCAAUGAUCAAAGAUGUUGGCUGCGAGUGGGUGAUCCUCGGCCACUCGGAAAGGAGGACAAUCUUUGGCGAAAAGGACGAGUUGGUCGCUGAGAAGGUUGCCCACGCAUUGGAGUCUGGUCUGAAAGUCAUCGCGUGCAUUGGCGAGACCCUGGAAGAGAGGGAGGCAGGCAAGACCGAGGAGGUGGUGUUCCGGCAGACGAAGGCGCUGAUCCCGGCCAUCGGCAGCAACUGGGACCGCGUGGUGCUGGCCUACGAGCCCGUGUGGGCCAUCGGCACCGGCAAGACCGCCUCGCCUCAGCAGGCUCAAGACGUACACGCGUCUCUCCGCAACUGGCUGUCCGCGAACGUGUCGGCGGAGGUGGCGGGCGCCGUGCGCAUCCAGUACGGCGGCUCCGUGACGGCCGCCAACGCCAAGGAGCUGGCGUCCUGCGCCGACAUCGACGGCUUCCUCGUCGGCGGAGCCAGCCUGAAGCCCGAGUUCGUCGACAUCGUUAACGCGACUCAGUAAAUCUAACGUAGGUUGGUUCACAAAACGCCCGUCAGCCCAUAAGUCCCUAAGCAUUCAAGUAACUUCCGAGUGGUAUAGAACACAACAAUGAAGAAACUUUUUAAAAUAGCUGGCAACAAUGUACAAAUUUAGUCGGUAUUUGUUUUUGCUGCUAAACUUGACAACUACUUAAAACUCCGUUUGACAAUCUUUAUAAUAUAUGUGACAGACAAAAAUCAGUAACUCUGUAUCUGUCACAUCUAUUGUAAGUUGCAUCUUGUUAAAUAUUAGUUUUUUAUAUACGUUGUCGCGUCUAUGAUUGCCAUUGUCGCGGUCGUUUUGUGCGUACCCUGCUAUUAGUACUCAUUUAUACAUUAUAUGCAUACGAUAUAUGUAAUAGUCAUAGUAGUAAUAGUUAUAGAUGUCGUAUGCUUGCAAUUUGCAUUAUCCGUUUCAUAAGUUAAAAUUUAUAAUAACUUUUCGUUUGUAAGUUUAUAUUAAAUCAAAUUUGAUAUGAGAGUAUGUCUACUUGGUUAUUGUUGUUGUGUAUUUAUAGAGCGUUCGAAGUUUUCAAAUUGUACAUGUUUCUUUACUGUUAACUGGUGUCGUACAUGAAUAAAUUCGCUAUAUUACCGUU